GGCUGCAUGACGGGUAAAACGCACGCACCUUUACAGGCAAAUUUGUGCACUUUUGGGUCUUUUUCUUCAACUGUAGCAUAGCACUUUACGCAGUUGUGAGUGGUUAAGUUAUACAUGUAUCCUAUUCGAGAUUUUAUGCCACGAACAAGGAGAUUUUGGUGAAGAAUCACCGGAUGUGAGCGAGGGAGACUACAGUGGUGACCUCUAGCGGUUUAUGUGUGAACUGCAGGGAGAUAUUGGCACGGAGCCAAAUAUAGAAAUGUUUACCUUGGAUGACAUCAGGUCACAUGAUAGGGUGCAAUGUUGUUAGGAAGCCACACGCUUCCAGGCGGGUCAUUCAUUUGAAAGCGCGAAGCAUGUGUAUGUACGACCUCCCGCUCCUGACGCGGAAAACAUGUCUGACGUGAUCCUGCAGGACGAUCUGACGGUCUUCCCGCACAACAAGACCGGGUACCGAGUCCAGCUGACGCGGGGAUACCUCCAGUACGCCCGCACUCAGGGAAAACCACGGGAACGGAGGGUGUUGUUGUCGGACGUGGUGGGGUGUCAUUGUCUCAGAGGCCGGCAUGCGUCAGACAGUGCAGCAUAUUUCUGCAUCUACGCCUACCCCCUACGGAAGAAGGUCAUCUCAGGGGACUGGACGCGACACAGGGUGUGCACGACAUUCCGCGUGAGGACGACAGACGACCAUGCCGAGAACCACGCUCGGGCAGAACAAUGGAGAAUCGCUAUCAAGUGUCUACUGGCUGGGCAGACUAUUGGGCCACAAACAGCCUUGGAAGCCAGACUGCUGCCCCCCUCCCCACGUCUGCUUAUCCUGAUCAACCCAUUUGGAGGCCAGGGGAAGGCCCAGCAGAUAUUCCGGGAGAGAGUUGUGUCCAUGUUGGGAGAAGCCGACAUCAGCUUCAACAUGGUGGUUACUGAGCGUUCUGGCCACGCCCAUGACCUAAUGCGAGACCUGGAGGUGUCAGAGUGGAAUGGGGUGGUGGUGGUGUCAGGGGACGGGCUCAUAUAUGAGGUUAUCAAUGGCCUGAUGGACCGUCCUGACUGGGAAGAGGCCAUCAAGAUACCCAUCGGCCUGAUCCCGGGGGGAACUGGCAAUGCCCUCUGCUGCUCUGUCAACUAUCUACUGGAUGAGCCGUUUGAGUCGGCUGACCAGGUCCUCCACUCCACGUUUGUCCUGUGUAAAAGCGUGGUUUCCGGCAGCAGCUACCCCAUGGACCUGGUCUCGGUACAGACCAAAUCCUCCCGCAUAUUCUCCUUCUUACAUAUCAGCUGGGGAUUCAUCUCCGAUAUCGACAUCGGGAGUGAGAAAUAUCGCUACCUUGGUGACGCACGCUUUAUCGUCGGACUGAUGCAGCGGUUGUUCGACUUGCGGAAGUACCCCGGGCACGUGUCGUACCUACCCGUGAAGGGGGUGGACGGAAGAGCGUUGGUUCACCAGAUCACGGAGAAGAGGAAGCAGCGAGAGAAGCUCAAGCAGUCUCUCCCUCGUCCCCGCAGCCUGUCCAAGCAAAACGGGGAGCGGGAAGACUUGAGAAGCAUGCGUCCGGCGCAGUUUACCCGCAGCGUUAGCAUGAUGGAGGGUUCCCUUCCCAGAAACCUUCCUCCGAGAAGCGCCAGUGUCAGUCAGAGCUACUACUCCAAUCUGGAGCCGCUAACCCCCGGCGUAGAUGCCGCCAAAGAAGCGGCUCUGUUCAACGAGCAGACGGAUUCUGGUGUACCUACCUCAGAAAGGAUGGAAGAGAACAUGGCCAACGGGCACGCCACAGUAGCCGACAUUCAAGCCAGCGAUUGGACAGAAGAUGAAACGCAAGCGAGCGAAGUUUUCUCACCUUAUGUUAAUUCCCCAAAUGCUCUGGUCAGCAAUACAAAUAGCCACAGGCCACAGCAACACGACCAUUCCAACAACAGCGCUGCCAAUAGCCAAUCAGGCGAUAGCAUGGACUCUGCAAUAGACGUGUCUGCCAUGGAUCUGUCCACGGACAUUCCCACGCAGGCCACACUGCCAAACCCGGACAGCCAGACCCGGCGUCACGGCCCCUCGGACACCCUCCUGCCGCCCUUAGGACACCCCCUCCCGGAUGGCUGGGUCACGAUAGAGGGAAACUUUAAUCUGGUGAUGGGUCUGAAUGUGCCUCACAUCAGUACAGGCUUCAACAUGUCCCCAGCAAGUAAUCUGGACGACGGCAUGAUGUUCCUGAUGUACGCCAUGAACACCACGCGCAGCGAGAUGUCCAACAUCUCCCUCAAGGCGUCGCAGGGCAGGAUCGGCGAGGUGGACCAGCCGGGAACGGACGUCGUGGCCGUCCACGCGUUCAGGCUGGAGCCGCGGGCGGAGAAGGGUCUGAUCACAGCCGACGGUGAGGUCAUCGAGUACGGGCCGCUGCAGGCACAAGUACAUCAUGCUCUAGCUCGGGUACUCAUGUGGAAGCCAAUAGAGAUGUGACACAAAAUCUUAUUUGGCAGCUAGGCCACAGGAAGUAAAUUUUAUGGAUGACAUCCUCUGCAAACUCUAAUGCAAUGUGGCAAAAAGAAAGGCAUUUUCAAAUUUUGACAUCAUAAACCUUGAAUGAUAUGAGAAGAAAUACUACCUGUUUACUGUCAACUAUUACAAUAUCCAUUUGUCACUGAAACAACUU